AUGGAGGAGGCGGCAGAAACAGCGAGCGCGAGGGAGCAGACGGCUGGAGAUCGGGCAGAGCAGUACCAUCCUCCCACAGCUGUGAACACCACUCAGAGACUCCGUGAACUGAGAGAUGUCAUGAGACGCGUCAACAUCAGCGCUUACAUCAUUCCUCACACCGAUGCUCACCUGAGUGAGUACAUCUCCGAAAUGGAUGCCAGGGUAGCCUUUAUUUCUGGCUUCACGGGCUCCUCAGGCACUGCAGUUGUCACUCAGAGCAAAGCAGUCCUGUUUACAGACAGUAGGUACUGGAUUCAGGCAACACGCCAAAUGUACUGUAUCUGGGACUUGGUAAAAAGCCAUUCCGUUCAGGACAUAAGCGAUUGGCUGAGAAAAGAGGUCUCUGGGGGGGAUCGGAUUGGCUUCAGUCCCUUUCUUUUCUCUUUUAACACGUUCAAGGACUACCACAAUAACCUGGCUCCAGCAAACCUGUCACUGACGCCCAUCCUCGACGACCUGGUGGAGAUGGAUGAAAUAUGGAGGGAUCGUCCGUCUCUCUCUCCGGAGAAGCUCUUUCGUUUGCCUGAUGAAUUCAUCGGUCGAUCCUGGCAGUCAAAGGUUGAAGAGAUACGACGUCAAAUGAGACACGAUGCCAGCAAACCCACAGCAGUUUUGCUCUCUGCACUGGAUGAAACUGCAUGGCUGUUUAAUCUGCGUGGUAAUGACAUCCCUUACAGCCCAUUAUUCUUCUCCUACACUCUGCUGUCACUGGACCAGAUCUGGCUCUUUGUGAACAUUUCCAGGGUAACAAAUGAGUUGAAGGAGUAUUUGAAUUCAUCCUGUACAUCUUCACAAUGUGUGCAAUUAUUUGAGUACGACAGCGUUGGCUCCAAACUGCCUGAGUAUUUCAACAGAACAGGUGUGAAGGUGCUGGUCAGCACAAAAUACAUCAAUAAGGCCUUGUAUGACCUUAUUCCCGAGGGCAAAUUACUGACCACUGAUUAUUCUCCAGUGAUGAAAACUAAAGCAGUAAAGAACCCGAGAGAGCAGGAGGCCCUCAGAAUUACUCAUGUGAAGGAUGCGGUUGCGGUCAUUCAGCUCUUGGUGUGGCUGGAGAAGAACGUCCCUAAGGGAACAGUAACUGAACUUACUGCAGCGAAUUAUAUCGACCAGUGUCGCCGUCAACAGGAGCACAACAGAGGGCCCAGUUUUAAAACCACCUCUGCAAGUGGACCCAACUCUGCCCUCCCCCACUACAAGCCGUCAAACAGGACCGCAAGGACACUGACAGUGAAUGAGAUCUAUUUUAUUGACUCAGGUGGUCAAUAUCUCAGUGGGACAACUGAUAUCACUCGUACUGUUCACUGGGGAGAACCAACUCAAUCUCAGAAGAAGGCCUACACUCAAGUGCUCAUGGCAAUCAUCAACAUUUCCAGAAACAACUUUUCUGCAGGCACAAAUGGUAAGAUUUUGACCAAGGCGCAGGAGGAGCAGGGGCCACACGCGGGGCGAGCAGGCCGGGGACAGCACGGCACGGGGACAAUCAGAGUGGUCGACCUAAGGGUGGAGCGACAACCAUGUAGCGACACACCACCCACACAGACGGAGGAGAAUGGGUUAGGUGUGGCCAUGGACAAAGAGGCUCGCAAGUAUCUUAGGUACCAGCAUGGUACAGGACAUGGACUGGGAAAUUAUUUAGUCGUCCAUGAAGCGCCAGUCGGCUUUGGGAGCGACAACAUCCCUUUUCAGGAAGGCAUGUUCAUCUCUAUUGAGCCUGGAUACUACAAGGAAAAUGACUUUGGACUUAGGAUUGAGGACAUCGCUGUCAUUGUUCCAACGAAGAAUGGUAGCAACAAUUGCUUGACUUUCGACAUUGUGACAAUGGUUCCAUAUGACAGGAAUUUGAUUAAUGAAAGCCUUUUAAGCACAGAACAGAUUGAGUGGCUGAAUAAGCGCUAUAAGAAGAUUCGGGAACUGAUCGGCCCAGAGCUAAAAAACAGAAAGGACCUGAAGGAAGAGUACCAGUGGAUGAAGAACCACACAGAGCCAUUUCAUGUGGACAAUGUCGUUCGCAAAGAGGACAGGGCAUUUGACAGUGAAUUCAUGGAUAAAUUGUCCAAUCUUUUCUAUGCUGGAGAUGUAUUACUCAGAUUGGAAAAUGGAGAUACGGUCGGUCCUGGCAGUCAAAGGUCGAAGAGAUACGACGUCAAAUGA